UUGUCUUCGGGAUCUUAUAACGCGCAAUAUGGAGAGGAGGAAAGCCACGGGAGAAUACCACGGCAUCCCUGUGUCCAAAAUGUCGUCGCUGGACCCGUACGAGGAAGUGUUGAACCGCCCUCCGUGGGUUACUACAACUUUGGGGUGCUUCCUGAUAUUCACUAUCGUGGUUGAUAUUUUGGGCAACCUUUUGGUGAUAUUCUCUGUCUACCGGAAUAAGAAGCUAAGGAAUGCAGGAAACAUCUUCGUGGUGAGCCUGGCCGUGGCCGACCUGGUGGUGGCCAUCUACCCCUACCCUCUGGUCCUCACCUCCAUCUUCCACAAAGGCUGGAACCUGGGCUAUGUCCACUGCCAGAUCAGCGGUUUUCUCAUGGGCGUCAGCGUCAUCGGCUCCAUCUUCAACAUCACCGGCAUUGCCAUCAACCGCUACUGUUAUAUAUGUCACAGCCUUAAGUACGACAAGCUGUACAGCGACAAGAACUCAGUGUGUUACGUCCUACUCAUCUGGGCGUUGACCAUUGUGGCCAUCGUGCCGAAUCUCUUCGUGGGUUCGUUGCAGUAUGACCCCAGGGUGUAUUCGUGUACGUUCGAGCAGUCUGCGAGUUCGGCGUACACCAUCGCCGUGGUCUUCUUCCACUUCAUCCUACCAAUCAUGAUCGUCACUUACUGCUACCUGAGGAUCUGGAUCCUGGUCAUUCAGGUUAGGCGACGUGUCAAACCGGACAAUAGACCGAAACUGACACCACACGACGUGAGGAACUUCGUGACUAUGUUCGUGGUGUUUGUGCUGUUCGCCGUGUGCUGGGCGCCGCUCAACUUCAUUGGGCUGGCAGUGGCCAUCAACCCAGAGGUGGUGGUGCCUCUCAUCCCCGAGUGGCUCUUCGUGGCGAGCUACUUCAUGGCCUACUUCAACAGCUGCCUUAAUGCCAUCGUGUACGGGGUGCUCAACCAGAACUUCCGGCGCGAGUACAAGCGCAUUGUGGUGUCGGUCUGCACGGCGCGAAUCUUCUUCCACGGCAGCUCCAACGACGCGGCCGAGCGGCUCAAGAGCAAGCCGUCGCCGCUCAUCACCAACAACAACCAGGUCAAGUUGGAGUUGGUGUGAGAGGACCAGCUGGUCCCAGUGAGCUCCCUACCCCUCCCCCAUGGUGCGAACCCAUCGAUGUCUAUACAUCUGUAAGGUGGAAGGAAGCAAUAUGGCGGAAGCUCAAGCUGCCCCAUUUCGCUUCUUGUACCUAUCCAGUACACUGCAGAUCUACAAACAUUGGAGGAGUUAAGGAGCCCAGGGGAAGGGGUAGGGAGCGAUUUGGGACCGGGUGAUACUAACACACACGCAUGAACGAAGGGGGAGGGAGGCUUAAGGGAACCAACGUGACAUAAAAUAGCAAGAUUAGUUAAAGAAAUCCAAGUGAACGGAGAACAAUUACCAAAUACAAAAACGAAACUUUCUGAACCGUCCGUGAUUUGUGCUAUCUUCACCUCCUAUACAGUCAAAGCGAAACGGGGAAAAUGUAUCUUUGUCUUUUGCAAAAAGCACUUUUGUUCGUUUUUUUGGUACUUAAAAAAGUGAUCAUGUACUUUUGUUUUCAUGUUUACAGUGAUGA